AUGGCUUAUCAUCUUUCGGUUUUAAAAGACAUGUUCCCCAGGGGUAUCAAUGUUCUGUCUCUUUUCUCUGGGAUCGGUGGUGUAAAGAUUUCCCUUUACCGGCUCAGCAUACCUUUAAAAGCAGAUGUGCAAGAACUGAAUGAUGAUCGGUUGGAGCAAUUGAUAAGUAGAUUUGGUGGAUUUGCCCUUGUUUUUGGUGGCAUCUCGUGUUUAGUGGUUUUUAUAACCACCACCAAGCUCGCCUUGGACUGGAUAAUAGAGGUCAUUGCGAGACUUCAGCGAGGCUGGCAUCGUGGUAGUAGCAGCGUCGGUAGCGGCUGUUUGGACCAUCUGGCAGUGGAGGCAUCGGCUGGAAUGGCUUCAGAGGCGGCGGUGGAUUAG